UCACACAUCCCUGUGAACGCAUCUCUCUCUGCCCCCUCUCUCCAUCUCUCCAGCUCGGCUGCAGCAAAGCGCCCAACCCUGCCUCCACCGCUGCACCGCUUAUUAGCACCUGAACAGUUGAGUUCUUCUUAUUCCUCUCGUUGUGUUCCCGUUCUAGAAUCCUCCCUGUAGUUUGCAUCAAGAAGCAACGCCAACGCGUCCGACGUUUCAGACUUCCAGUCAAGAUUAGAGAGAAAGAAGCAGAGCUAGAGGUGGGGUGAGUCUUGCUUGUGGUCUGAAGAAAUCCAAAAGGUUGGAUAAAAGAAAGGAAGAAUAAAGGUGAGCAGCCCGCGGCGCAUCCAUGGGUUGCGGGUCGUCGAGGCAGGUCGAUGGCGACGGUCCGCGGAGAAAGCCGGGGAGCGUCGGCGACGUGGUCGUGUUCCUUCCGGGGCUCCGGGCGCCGAGGAGCGUAGACUUCUCCCAGGCGCUCGCGGGGCGCCUGGAUAAGAGCGCGGUGGAGAGAUUGUCGGCUCUGAGAGCGCGGGUCGUCGAACUGGCAAUGCAAGAAUCGGCGGCCGCCCUGAAGCCGAAGCGGAAGACCGCGGCGCGGCACGGAUCUACCACUGCUAAUCUCCUGCAGGCUCUGGAAGACUACUUACCGGUUCUGCUAGGGUUGGUGAAGGAAGGUAGUGAGUUGAGGCACAUAGUGCAGUUUGUCUGGGCUAACCAAGAGGACAAUGCUGAGGAAACGGCUAUGGAAGAUGCAUGGUACGAGGUGCUGUCUGUACUGCAGUUGAUGGCCAUGGUCUGCCUGUUGCAGGCCAAUUCGCUGCUUCUUCCAAGGGCAUAUGGUGAUGGUUAUGGGCCAAGGGUUUCUGAAGAGAGCAGACGGGCCACUGUAGACGUUUUCUUGAAGGCAGCUGGCUACUUAGACUGUGCAAUUCGACAAGUACUCCCACAUAUGCCAUCAGAACUAAGGAGGCAACUUCCAGUAGACCUCGCUGAAGGAAACCUCAAAGCACUUAGCUUGCAGGCUCUGGGUCAGGGGGUUGACAUGCAGCUUGGCCUGGCAAUUGAUAGCCCAAAGGCCACUCUAGCAGUAAAAAGGCGCUUAGCUUGUGAGAUGGUCAAAUAUUGGCACCAAGUUCAGGAGAGCAUUCCCGAGCUUCCUGUUUCUGACGGAUGGGGGAAAAAGCAUCUCCUGUUUGUCAAGUGGAAGUAUGUCGAAGCAAAGGCUGCAGCAUACUAUUUCCAUGGUUUGAUCCUUGAUGAAGGAAACAGUGAAAAAUUUCACGGAAUGGCGAUAGCAGCCUUGCAAGCUUCAGAGGAAUUUCUCAAAGAAAGCAAAAGGGCUUCUGAAGCCUUCCAUGCAACUCCUCCAGCGUCAAGGAGCCCCACUCCAUUCGGAACAGCUAAGUAUAUGUUUGACAAGAUCCCUAAAGAUGCUUCAAGCAAGGUCCGGAUCAACCAGGACCUGUAUACUCAAGAAAGGGUCAUUGGAGCCCCACCUCCAUUGCCGGAUUUCUCACUGGCCUUAACACCUGAAGACUAUGAUCUUCCUCCGUUAGACUCAGUUUGGAAUAAAGACAACCAUCAAUAAACGAAGGAGUGCCUUUUGACGAAACAGUCUGGCUCUAGUGAGAAAGCAAGAACCAGGAUGCUGCCAUGUCGAAGCUGAACAUGGUGAAAAUGAACUGUACAAAAUAUGUUCCGACCAAAAAUUGAUGUCUACAAAUGCAAGCAAAGUUUAGAAAGGCCUGAAGAUAAAAUGAAGAGCAUUUUACAAUUCAAUAUUCUUCUGACAAUGGAAGUACAUUGUCAAAAGGUUUCCAUCUUGUAAAAAGUAUUUCCAGUGAGAGCCAUGGAUCCUUUUUCUUAGGAUUUUCUGACAAUGGCUAGUUUUGGGUCUAUCAUAAACAUAUUCAUGUGGUAAAAUUACCAAAUUUGGUCAUGCUUCAAGGACUAUUGAGUAUAAAUGGCAGAGACAAACGUGGGAAUGA